UUGGAUUCUAAUCUUAUUCAUAUAUUUGUGUAUGCGCACGAAGUAUACAUCUACAUGUGCAUAAAGCAAAAGUGACAAGUAGUGACGCGCUAUCACCAAGAAAAACAAUAAUGGAGGCGUGUAAUGUCGUUGAACGUGAAGUUGACAAGAUUUUAUUAAAAUUUGGAGUCGUAAACGAACAUGCAGAGACAGUACUGCAAGAUCUCAUAAAUCAUGUCGAAUCUUUAAAAAAGGAAUUUGCAGAAGCACCAUCCAAUCAUGAAUUAACGCCAGGUCAAAUACAAAUAUUAAAAGAAACAAUGAAAAAGAUAUGUGAAACUGUGCAUCGUUUAACCACUGAACAUAGAGAGUUACAUGGUUCUGUUUCUAAAGUUGGAAAAGCAAUUGAUAGAAAUUUCACUGCAGAUUUUGCAAGUACAAGUAGAGAAGAUGUCUUUUCAGGUCCUGAAAAAUCACAUCUUUUAAAUCAAGUCAUUUGUCAACAUUUUUAUCGUCAUGGUAUGUUAGAUAUUGCAGCAGAAUUAGCAGCGGAAGCUGGAAUUAAAACAGAUGAAGGUACAAAGGAGCCAUUUACAGAAUUAAAUUAUAUAUUGGAUUGUUUAAAACAAAGAAAUUUGGAACCAGCUCUUGAUUGGGCAAAAAAACAUAGAGAGGCACUUUUAGCACAAAAUUCAUCUCUUGAGUUCAAACUGCAUAGGUUGCAUUUCAUAAGAUUAAUUCAACAAGGACCUAGUAAACAAACAGAAGCAAUAACUUAUGCCCGUCAAAAUCUUACACAAUAUGUUGAACGUCAUGGGAAAGAAGUACAAGCUUUAAUGGGCACGCUACUUUAUUUACCAAAUGGAAUACAAUCCUCCCCUUAUAGUCAUUUAUUAGAUCCCACUUUGUGGUUAGAUAUUCAUGAUGUAUUUACAAGGGAGGCUUGCACAUUAUUUGGCUUAAGUGUAGAUAGUCCUCUUUCAGUAUGUAUCAAUGCUGGUUGUACCGCAUUACCAACACUUCUGAAUAUUAAGCAAGUUAUGCAACAAAGACAAGUAAAUACUGUUUGGAAUGGAAAAGAUGAGUUACCUAUUGAAAUAGACCUUGGUAAAGAAGGUCGUUAUCAUUCUGUCUUUGCAUGCCCAAUUUUAAGGCAACAAAGUACAGAGAAUAAUCCACCAAUGAAAUUAGUCUGUGGACAUGUUAUUUCAAGAGACGCGUUAAACAAACUUACGAAUGCAAAUAAAUUAAAAUGUCCAUACUGUCCAGUAGAACAAAAUCCAGAAGAUGCUAGACUUAUAUAUUUUUAGAUUACUGUGAUAUAACAAAAUGAACGAUCUGUAUAACUCUUAAGCUAAUGGAAAAGAUAUAUAUAUAUAUACUUGGAUCGAUUUAUCGUAUACCGCGAACAUUGAUGGUAAUUGUUGUUUUUUAUUUUGCCUAGUGCACUAAUGUUUAAUUUGUGUCAAAGCAUUAGGAUACAGUUGUAUCGUUUUAUCGUCGGAGAAUAACACAUUUUUGAUAAUUAUUUUGGUGACGACAAACGAUAUUUUAAUAUCUUUCGAAAAGUAAAUAUAUCAACGUAAUUGUGUAAAAAUUAAAAUUCAAUUGUGAUUGUUUAAAAAAAAUAUAAAUAUAAAUAAAUAAAUAUAUAUUUAUAUAUUUAUUUAUUUAUUUAUUUAUUUAUGUUUAUGUUAUAUAUUUUCACGUAUGCGCAAAUACGAUAGUAUGAUUAAAAUAGUAUUAAGUAAGACAUUUUUGUAUAUACUGCUGUUGAAUGUUAAUUAUUAAUUAAAGUUGUUUGUAAUAAUAACUAUUAAUAAGAUGAUAUGUGAGUUACGUACAAAAAAA